CAGAAUGACGCUUCUGUUCCUAAAUAGGUGUAGGUGACAAGUAGUUUUCUCGCAGAACAAACUACGGUGUUGAUAGAGAGUUAUUAUUGCAAAUUGAGUAGUUUUGAUCGCGAUUAUUCACUAUUAGGAAGACCAUGUUAACAUGGCUGUAUAACAAAGGAAGAAUAUCGAGUAGACGCUCCGAAAACUCCAAAAUGGCCUCGUACACUCUAAUUGGAAUUUUUUUACUCUGCUGUACAGUCUUGGUAACAGCGGUUAGCAGAGAUAAUUUUAAAUCCUGUGACCAAAGUAGCUUUUGCAGACGAUGUCGAAAAGUAGAGCCUGGAAAGACGCCUUAUGAACUUUUGUCAAGCACCGUGUCUUAUAAUCAAACCACUCUAAGUGCUGAUCUUUUCAAUAAGGAUACAGGAAUUGUGUACAUCUUAAAAUUAACAGCUCUUCGCGACAAUACGUUCAGGCUUCACAUCAAUGAAAAAGCUCCACUGCAUGCAAGAUACGAAGUGGAACUUGCCCUUCAAGCAGAGCCUCAAGUUUCGAAGAUCGACUCUAUUGAAAAAUCAGAAGAGUCCAUAACAGUCAAGAGUGGUCCCAACAAGGCUGUUUUGUCCGUUAAGCCUUUCAAAGUCGAUUUGUACUCUCAGGACGAACUUGUCAUUUCUGCAAAUGCUCGAGGCUUAAUGCGCUUCGAACAUAUCAGAACGAAACCAGAACCAAAACAAGAGCCGGAACAAGAUGGGGCUGAAAAGGUGGAGGAACCGAAACCGGAAGUAGAAUCUGAACAUCCAGGAGAUGGAGCCGAUAGUGAUCCAGGUGCUUGGGAAGAAAACUUCAAGUCGCAUCAUGACUCAAAACCUUUGGGACCCGAAGCGAUUGCCUUGGACUUCAGUUUCCCUGGAGCUGAAAAUGUCUAUGGAAUUCCAGAACAUGCUGAUUCCUUGGCCCUAAAAUCGACAAAAUCCAAAGAUCCCUACAGAUUAUACAAUUUAGAUGUAUUUGAGUAUGAACUUAACGAGGGAAUGUCUCUCUACGGAGCCGUGCCUGUUCUUUACGCACAUGGAAAAGAGAAAACUUCAGGGAUAUUUUGGCACAACGCAGCAGAAACCUGGGUCGACAUUUUAUCUACUGCUGAUAACAAUGUGGUGGAAAGCAUUGUUAAUUUUGUUUCUGGAUCAAAGAAGCCUCAAGUUGCUGCUCAUUUUAUGUCCGAGUCGGGGGUUAUUGAUGUAUUUUUCCUGUUGGGCCCAAAGCCUCUGGAUGCCUUCAGACAAUAUACGCUUCUAACUGGUACUGCGCCUUUGCCCCAGACAUUCGCAUUGGGCUACCACCAAUCCCGUUGGAACUACAACGACCAGGACGACGUUCAACAAAUCGCAGACAGUUUCGACAGAUACGACAUGCCGAUGGACGUAAUGUGGCUCGACAUCGAAUACACAGAUGGCAAGAAGUACUUCACCUGGGACGCCCGUAAAUUCCCAAAUCCCGUCGAGAUGAUCCACAAUCUCACCUCGAAAGGAAGAAAACUCGUCGUCAUCAUUGACCCUCACAUCAAGCGCGAUGAUGGCUACAAUGUCCACACCGACGCGACCAACAUGGGCCUCUACGUGAAAAACAAAGACGGAAAAGACUACGAAGGUUGGUGUUGGCCCGGAUCUUCCUCCUACCUCGAUCUGUUCGAUCCAAAAGUCCGCGAGUACUACAUGACCAGAUACGAUUUCAACAAUUUCCAAGGAACCACGAAGGACGUCUACAUCUGGAACGAUAUGAACGAGCCCAGUGUCUUCAACGGUCCGGAAAUAACAAUGCCUAAAGACGUGAUUCAUUAUGGAGGCUGGGAGCAUCGAGAUGUUCACAAUGCCUAUGGCCUUAUGCAAACGGUCGCGACCUACGAGGCUCUCAUGAGAAGAUCGGAACGCUCCUUGCGACCAUUUAUCCUCACGAGAUCUCAUUUUGCCGGAUCUCAGCGAUACGCGGCUGUCUGGACCGGCGACAAUAUGGCUGAAUGGGAUCAUCUCAAGGCCAGUUUCCCGAUGUGUUUGUCCCUCGCUAUUUCCGGAAUAUCAUUCUGCGGAGCUGAUGUCGGUGGAUUUUUUAAAAAUCCGGACGCCGAGCUUUUCGUGAGGUGGAAUCAGGCCGGCGCCUGGCUUCCAUUCUUCAGACAGCACUCGCAUAUCGAGACCAAGAGGCGAGAACCCUGGACCUUUAAUGAUGAGGUGACACAGAUCGUGCGAGAAGCCUUGAGACUGAGAUAUUCCUACUUGCCGCUCUGGUACACACUUUUCCGAGAACAUGAGGUCAAUGGUACUCCAGUACUUAGACCAAUUUGGGCUCAUUAUCCGACUGAAGUGGAGGCUUUUGGGAUUGAUGAGGAGUUGCUGGUGGGAGACUCGAUUCUCGUGCGUCCGGUAUUUGAACCCGGAGUAACUGAUGUGACUGUCUACUUGCCAGGCGAAGGAAAGGUCUCUUGGUAUGAUAUUGACACUAUGCAACAGCAUGGACAGCAGAGCACGCUGACUGUUCCAGUGACGCUUCACAAGAUCCCGGUUUAUCAGAGGAGUGGAUCGAUUGUGCCGAGGAAGAUGAGGAUACGUAGAAGCACUGUGGCGAUGAAGAAUGAUCCGUAUACUCUUGUUGUCAUUGCUGAUAAUAAUGGAAAGGCCACGGGAACACUCUACAUUGAUGAUGAAGUCAGCUUUGAGUACAGGAAUGGAAAAUACCUUUAUUUGAGGUUGUCGCUUGUGGGGAAUAAUCUUUCGUCGAAGAUUCUAGACAAGGUAGCGAGUUACGAAACCAAGAGCUGUCUGGAGAGAGUUGAUAUCGUUAAUCCACCGAAAGGAAUUAAGUCUGCUCAUUUAACUUCUAAAAAUCUCGGUAAGGUGGCAUUAGAAACAAAAUACAAUCCACACAACAAUGUUCUGGUAGUGCGCAAACCUAGUGUAAAUAUGGGAGAAGAAUGGACAAUUGAAUUGCUAAAUUAACUCGAUCAUUGAUCUUUCUUUUUUUUUAAAUUCUAUUCAUUAAAUAUGAUUUAACUGAAGAAAAGCAG